UUUCCGCCUGCACACUACAAUGCUGCCACGGGGUCAACUGAUUGUGGAGAAUGUCAAGUCCAGUGGGAUGGAUCAACUGCCCCCCAAGGGGUCAUAUCUCAUGAUGUUCCCCAUGCACUUGAAGGGGGGCACUGGAAGUCCCGCGCGACUGAUUGCGGUAAAUAGUGGAGCUAAACUUGAAAAAUUCCACUUAAUCUUCGGUGUGAUUCUGGCAUCGAUGUUCAUCGUCUUUUAACCCAAAACCUGGGCAGUGAAAUCAGAUCAGUUAGCUUAUAACUCACCCUUUACAACUUUUCAUCUUUGCAUUGGUUAACUAUUGAUUACCAGAUUGAAUUGUUCUUCAUUUGCAUUCACAUCAUGUGUUUACAAUCAGUCCAAUUUUUAGGUUAGCCAUAUUUCUCGGGAAUUUCGGAAAAAAAUUACUAUUUAAAUAAAACUUUCGGAGCCUAUGCAAAAAAAAAUAAUU